UCAGGUGUUAAAUCGUGGAUUUGUAGGAGACCAUUCGGCAUGACGUGACGACAAAUUAACGUAGAAAUGUUUAGUCCCGUUUGAAUAAAUUUCCGUUAGCCUGGAUUGAUUAUUCGGUUACGCUAAAGCCUCGUUCGCAAAAUUGCCACAAUGUCCGCUGGAGCAGAUUUAUUGUCUACCGCCGAGCCACAUCUCAUCCCCGGAUAUGCCGGAUACUGUCCCCAAUACCGCUAUAGGUGCGGCGAAACUUACGGCAGUGUCACGCACAAAUUGCUUCUUGAUCCGACGGUUAAUCACGCGGACACGCUGAUCUUAUCGAACAGAGCCACCGACGAUUACGAGGUUCAAAGACCGCCGAAAAAUGACACAGACAUUGUCAAUUCCCGGUACAAAAGAACCGACCCGUUGUACGUUCACCCUCUCAUGCCGGGCUAUGAAGGUUUCACGCCAAGAUUGAACGCCAGGAAUGGCCAACGCUACACCGUGCUUGCCACGGAGGGUCUCGCCGAAUUUGAACGACAGCAACAGAAACAUAAAGCUGCCCUGAACGAGAUAAAAAAGACGGUGGCACUGCAGAGUGGCCAGGGCGAGCCGCGAAGUAUGGACGAUCGUCUGCUUCUUAAAAGUGAAUUCAAAUUGCCCAUGCUCUCCGUUCGACCCGAUUGUGUCGGUGUAAUGAGGAACCAAUUUCUGGACGAGCAAUACGAACAACCUAGGGAUCACUCGCCGUCUCCCUACUUUAUGGACAGUGCAAAUCCCAAGAAAUAUUUUAUCAGUCGAUAUGCCGGCCAUAUUCCAUACGGAUAUGCGCAUUUCGGUGUUUCAAAUGUCCCUGCCACAAACAGCGCGCUAACAGAAUUCACAUCGAAUUACCGAAAACGGCAGAGCACGGAAUGGGCACCGGCGACGAUUACACGACCCGAUCCACCGCUAAUAAUUCAACCGACCACAAUUUAUCACAAACACGUCGGCAUGAUUCCGAACUACCUUGGUCAUGUCCCUGGAGAAACAUUCAGAUACGGCAAAACUUUCGGCGCCGAUACCAAGGACGCCAAAAGGUGGUUGCGCGGUGACUUCUAAUACUUGUAUAAAUUGCAAUAUUUUUGUACUGUCAAAUAAACCAUACUGAUGCCAGGAGAAUAUACAAUGAUUAAGAAUAUGUAAGA